AUGUUUAAGAAAGCCUUGGCGGACACGCCUCGCGAGGCGCUGAAUCUCCGCCUCCUACUGGCCGUUGUUUGCUUCGGCUUGAUGGGUGCAGCUCGCGGUCUUGACGAGGGCCUCAUCGGAACUACCGUUGCCCAGAAGUCUUUCAUGACUGAGUAUUGCCUCAGCGUCACCGGGACCCGAACGGCGGCAGAAGUCGCCCAGCGGAAAGGGAACAUUACCGCCAUGGUGCAGAUUGGCAGCGUCGCUGGAUCGUUGAUCGCCUUCGUCUUCGCCGACCAGGUUGGUCGUCUGUGGGCAACCCGAGAGCUCUGCGCCGUCUGGAUCGUUGGAGUCAUCGUCUACAUUACCUCGGGUGGGAAUUACGGUCAGGUCCUGGCUGGCCGUUUCGUAAUGGGCCUGGGUAUUGGUCAAACAACCGUCAUAGCGCCGGCCUAUCUUUCUGAAGUGGCACCCAGGGGCAUGCGCGGCCUGUGCGUCUGCAUCUUCUCUGGCUGCGUCUACCAUGGUAUCAUGCUUGGCUACUUCGCCAACUACGGCACGUCGUUGCACGUCUCUACACACUCGGCGAAGCAGUGGAUCUAUCCCACCUCGAUGCAUAUCAUCUUCGCCGGACUGAUCAUCAUUCUGAGCUUUGUCGCUUUCGAAAGCCCAAGGUACCUAAUGAAGGCUGGUAAGAUUGAGCAAGGCGCCGCAACUAUGGCCAAGCUUCGGGGCUUAAGCGUGGAUCAUCCCUACGUGCGUGCAGAGAUGAUCGAUAUCAACGAUCAGCUCGAGCGAGAGCAAGAAGCAACGAUGGGGGCCGGGAUUCUUGGUCCAUUGAAGGAGCUCUUCUUCAUUGGACGCAACAGAUACGCCAUCGUCCUGGGAUUGAUGUGUCAACUCCUUGGCCAAUGGUCUGGGGCAAACAGCAUCACCAUCUACGCACCCCAGUAUUUUGCCUUGCUUGGCUUGAAGGGCAGUCAGGAAACCCUCCUGGCGACUGGCGUGUUCGGGGUUGUCAAACUAGUUGCAGCACUUACCUGCGCGUUCUUCCUCGUUGACUUUAUUGGUCGGAAGCGAGCGCUCUACGUUGGCAUUACGCUGCAGUUCAUCAGCAUGUUCUAUAUCGCCGUCUUUCUCGCGACUGUGCCCGCAAUCUCCUCGACGGCCGCUGCUUCUGGCAAAGAAGUGCUCACCGCAGCUCAGCAACACGCCGCGACCGGCGCAAUCGUCUUCAUCUACAUCUCUGGUGUCGGCUGGGCCUUGGGCUGGAACAGUAUACAGUACCUCAUCGGUGCUGAAAUCUUCCCACUCAGGAUUCGUUCCCUCGGCACCAGCAUAAUCAUGUGCUUUCAUUUCAUCAACCAGGCAAGUCAAUCACGAUCAUUCUCUGCUAGAGGAAAGUACUGA